UGACCGUAAGUGAGACGCUCGGAAUCGAAAUUGACCUUCCCAGAUUGAGGAGACUUGCAGGGUGGCCUCUGAGCGCGUACCCGGCGAGAAACAUCAACAUCAUUGUCACCUCCACCAUACACUAUCAUCACGAUACACUAACAUCACCGCCACCUCCGCCAUACCGCGAUGAUCGUGAUACCGGACGAGGCGAAGUCGCUGCAGCCGCCGUCGCUGCUGAACGUGAGCAGCCUGGUGCUGGGCCUCACGGGAUGGGCCUCAGCGCUGGCGGCCAACGCGGCCCAGCACCGGCCCGCAUGGAGCUCGGGCCUUCAUCGGCAGGCGUUCAUGUUCACCGCGUGCUGGGUGGCCGGCUACUACCUGCAGAAGCGCGCAAACUACAUGCAGGCCAGGGCCAACCGCGACGUGGCUCUGUACGUGGCACAGCACCCACAAGACUUCAAGCCGGAGGAGAAGAAAAAGUUUAAGGAGGUGCUGGAGCCUGCGCACCCGAUCUACUAAACGCAGCAGCCGACCCCCUGGAGCACCCCCAGCACGAGACUCGACAUCAACUCAACAUCAGCUACACAUCAACUCAACAUACAUCCUGCAUCACUAAGUAGUAGCACAACAUUAACCCAGCACCAAUGUCAAAUCAACAUCACCACCAACACCAUCCCAACAUGAACUUAACAUCUAACUUAGGAGGUUGGUGAACAAGAAGUCCAUGGUGGUAUUGUGACCCAACCACCUGCCAGUUAUGUGAUAAGCAGGGCGUGUGCUUGUUGGUGCCACAGGGCUGAGACGGCCGUCAUCCACCAGGCUUAUUUGUGGUCCUUGUCUGCUCGCCCCCAAACCGCGCUGCGUGGCUUCCUUGACGAGCGGCUCGUACCAUCACGCGUGUCGUGUUAUUCUACACAUUGCUUGAAAUUAAAAGUAAACUCGAACAGACUGCGUAUAUCGGCUCUUUUUUAAAAAAUAUAUUUGCCCAUAUUUUAUCUGGAUUGUGCUAUCGACAUCUUUCACGAGAGAAAUCCAUUUGGUACUCGCGGAUGUGCAACGUGCAUGUGUAAGCUCUUAUUAAUUUGGCUGAUAACACCUUAAUGUAUAGAGAACUACAGAGCUUGGGCAAUAGUUAGUGUUGGCUCACCACGUGGCGGCUUUCCUGCUUGUCUGGUUUCUCCUCGCACCUUGAGUCAUUCUCGAGGAGUGAGUGUUUAAGUGCACGUUACAUGUUGACAUUAUUAAGAGUCCAGCCCUUGAGUAUUAGAAAAGGGCACGUAGAACGUAUAUCACAUAGCUACUUUCGAAAUCCCUGCAAGUGGCCUCUACUUCACAUAGUCGGGGACAGCACUUCCCCACCUGAGUUUCAAACUCAAGUUUAUUUUGUUAAAAUUAGGUGAGGAUUCCAGUGACCAGGAUGAAUUUCAUUUGCAAGACUGACCUGGGUCACCAAUGUGAUCAAGGAAAAACAAUACAGGCAAUGAAGCAAAUAGAAAGGAGAACAAAACUAACUCGUAUUUAAAAUGUUGCACGAACAAAUGUAUUUUUUUGGCCUGAUAGUAUAAUUGCCAAUUAAGUUAAAUGAACAUUAAACAUGUUGGGUGACUAUUGUUUGGAAAUGUAAACAUACAAGGAUAUUACAGUUGAAUGCAUCUUGCUACUGAGAGUAAUGUUCAAUAAGCCACCAAACUGCACCCAAAUUUAUUAUUGCUGUUGACUUACUGCACUAGGACAAAAAAGGCUUCUUACCCUAGCCUAACUAAAUACUUAGCCAAGAAGUCUGGUGACACCUCAAUCAUACAUUGACUGCGUGUCUUGCUGACAGGAUACAGUGCUGAGAAAAAGUUUGUGAACCCCUUAGGAUUUUCACAAAUUACAUAUUUGAAACCUGAAAUGUUAUUAGAUUUUAAUCCAAGUCAUAAUAAAGAUAAUCUGAUUAAACAAAUUACACAACAAUGAUGCUCUUUCACCAUGUACUUAUCCUCAAAUGAUUCUACAUUCAAUAACCACGUGUGAAAAAGUAUGUGAACCUUCAUUUUCAGUCUUCUGAUUGCUGAGUCAUGAACACUGCAAUUUGCCAAGGCGAGAGUAACUUGCAGAUCCUUGAAUGUUUCUUUGGGGUGCUUUGUGAUUUUUUGGUAGGACGACCGCUCCUGGGUAUCGUGACUGUGGCCUUGAACUUUCUCCAAUUGUAGAAUAUCUGUCUCACAGUGCAUUGGUGGAGCCCCAAAUCCUUAGAAAUUGUCUUGUAACUAAUUCCAGAAUGAUAAGCAUCAAUAACUAUUUUUCUGAGAUCCUCAAGAUAUUUAUUUUGCUCGUGCCAUGACUUGUUUCCACACACCUGUAUGGUGAAGAUCUUUAUAUAGGGUGAAGCCUCCCAAACUCACCCCCUGAAGAUCCAUUUAAACAUUAUUUAAAUUCAUCAUCUUUGUUCUUUCGGUAAAGUCACGUAGAAGGGAAAUAAUAAAAAUAAAACAAAAUUCUCACGACGUUUCGGCCACAACACAAGUAGCCUUCCUCAGGUGAAGAAACAACUGUCGGAAAGACGGCGCUCCAAUGAGCACCGUCUUUCCGACGCUGUUUUUCCGACAAUUCUGUUUCUUCACCUGAGGAAGGCUACUUGUGUUGUGGCCGAAACGUAAGAAUUUUUAUUUUGUUUUAUUUUUAUUGUAUUAUUUCCCUUCUACGUGACUUUACCGAAAGAACCAAGAUGAUGAAUCCCUGCAGUCACGAAAGCUUUAAAUCGAAAACUAAAUUAUUUGUACACGUGUUUCUAAUUCCCUUAAUUCACCUAAUGAAUUAAGGGGUUCACUUACUUUUUCACACACCCUGAACCUUAAUUACUAAUUGUUUAAUUCAUACUCUUUGGUUCUAUUCGGUAAAGUCACGUAGGUAAAAAAAUAAAACAACAAAAAUCACGACGUUUCGGCCACAGCACAAGCAGCCUUCAUCAGGUGAAGGGACCAGGUUGUAGUCGAGGACAGCGCUGGAGUGAAACACAGCCACGCUACGUGACUUUACCGAAUAGAACCAAAGAGUAUGGAUCCUUGCAGUCACGAAAGCUUUAAAUCUAGAAAUGUUUAAUUCAUACAUCAUUUCGUUUCAAAAGACAUGGAAUUUGUUCAUAUUAAUCCUAUUGGAUAUUUAAGAAAAUACCGGUUUUGAUUCCAGAAACUAUCAUGGUAAAACUGGAAUUUCCAUCAUUAUGAUUGGGGUUUACAACAUUUUUCUCGGCACUAUGGAUGACAUGGCUGAAUAUUAAACUCGGAAGAAACAGGUGUUUAUGUUGUUAGCUUGGAACGAGUGAAUUGCUACGAACCCUUCUGAAUUCCUCUCAGGUUGUUUGCCUCAUGAUUCGUGGACCUAGAUGAGAACUGGGUGGGCAUCAGUCACUCGAGCCUCACGUCAAAAAUGUAGCUAAAUUACAUAAUUUUUCCACUUAGGAUAUGCAGUACUGCCAAUGUAUUCCUUCGCUGGCAGGUGCUGAAAAACUCAUACACGAUCUGCUGAUUCUGGUCUGAACUCAUCCCAAAGACCAGACUGCUCUAUCGGAGACCGAACUAUUUGCAGCCAGGCUCCGUGAUAGUAGAAUUCCCUUCCUCGGUCAAUUUGGAAAUCUGAGUCUUUUACAUUUUUUAAAUCUCGUCUUAAAACUCGCCUGUUUGUACUGUAGGCUUUCUCCACAACUAAAGCUGUAUGUAAAGUACUUUGAGGGCUUAUGCAAAUUGCACUGUAGAAAACCAAGAUUAUUACGCUUUUGUUACAUUGUAUAUGUAUUCUCUGGGAUUAACAUCUCGGUGACAACUCAUGCAAAAUUCUGCUGCCAGAGUUCUAACAAGAGUGCAGACCGCUGACCACAUCCCUCCUUUACUAGCGUUCUUACAUAGGCUUCCUGUGCUGUCCCCGGGUUCACUUUAAAGUUAUUUUGACUUAAAAAGCGCGAAAUAGCCUUUGAUCUAUAUUACCUGUGUAAUGUAUUGACCCAAUAUGCACAAAGUCGCUCAAUAAAGUCACAGCAUUAAGCCAAGUCGCGUUUAUUUGUUUAAACAGAUGAGAAGGCAAGAGACCAGGAUAAUCUCAUUUGCAAGAGUGAUUCACCUGGCUUAGCAAACUGACAAACGCAAAACAAAUAUAAAGUAAAGCAAUGAAACAAAUGGAAAUCAGAUCAACAUAACUUAUAACAUGAGAAAAUAUUAUGCAAACAUAAAUUAAUGUUAAUAAAAUCCCUGUGUGCAAAAUUGACUAUAAGACGAAAGUGUAGACAGACAAGGACAUACCAGUCAAAUGCAGGUUUGCUAAGUGUGCCACUGGCAGAGAAUUAUUCUGGUGGCAGAGCAUUCAGCUUGAGAGCCCCAAAGCUAUAACAAUUCGCUGUUGUGAAUCGCCGUCUCCAGGUUUCGUAGAUUUCAUUCACAAGUCUGCUUUCACACUUGAAGAUAAUGCAUAAUCUUUGACUAUUUAUCUUAAGUUUUACACGCGACCUCUGACUUUCUUUGAUGUUCAGGUCUUGUCAUCUUACUGCAUAUUGCCUUUAGCUGUUGCUGUUCCUGUGUUUAAAGUUGCUGUGUAUUUUAAGAUCACAAAUUUGCUUAAACGCACAAUGUUUUUAAUGAGAAGUAAUCAUCAUACGUUCACUCUCUCUGAUAGUUUGUUUCACUAUAAUUGUUAUAUAUAGCUUUUAGAUUACUUAUUCCGUCCUAUUGAAAAAGGCGUUAUAUAUAAAUAAAUAUUAAUCUGUGUAUAUAA